GAGGGUUGUGGCGUCCCAGCAUCGUCGCCAUUCCUUGGACUGGACAGGUUACUGAACCCAUGUGUCAGAGCUGAGGGAGUGUUAAGCAAACAGGAACUUCUUGUGGAGUGACAAUACUACUAUAGGUAAACGAAACAAGCACGGAGCGGAUCACGGCUUAAAUCUGUUGUGUUUUCAUCUGUCACAGGACUCCGCAUGGAGCCAACGAAUCUACAGAAAGCUAUUGCUGUAGCACAAAAGGCCUCACAGGAGGACCAGGCUGGGAACUAUGAGGAGGCCAUCCGCUCCUACCAACAUGCUGUCAAGUACUUUCUGCACAUUUUAAAACGUGAACCCCAGGGUAAGGAUGGCAACCAGAAGAUCAGAGAUAAAUGUAAACUGUACCUGGACAGGGUGGAAGAAUUGCAAGAGUACCUAGAGAAUAAACAGGUUCUUACAAAAAUGCCAUACAUCAUAUUUGUACAAAUAUAG